AAGUAAGAACGUUUUAUUUCAUACCAAGAAAACGAAAAUAUUCGAUGGAACAUCAAUCUUGAAAAAUAAAAUUUUUACGUUUUCUUAUUUUAUCUUCAACACAACAAACGAUUUGGUGUCCGUUAUCAGUAACAAUUGAUAUUCCUCACUGAAACACUAUCAGCAGCUUUGUUUGCGUAUGCUUUGUUACUAUUUGUGCAUGUUUACGCAUUCAUGAGCAUCAAAGUUAACAGUCAUAUAUUUAAUUAGUUUUAAACUAUGAGUGAAAUGUUGGAAAUGGAAAGACAAAGUCAGUCUUAUUUGGACGGAUAUAACUUUGUAGGUUCAGAAAAAUCUUUCAAUGGCGCUACACCUUCCGUUGCAAUGUCAUAUACUGGAGUUGAUAGACCUUUUACAGUUGAAUGUACCGAUGAAAGUAAUCAAGAACACAAAUGGUUUAAAAAAACGCCAAAGAUUCUUUCUGCACUUAAGUUAAUAGUAGCACUGCUUUUAGCAGCUGCCACUCUGGCUAGUGUACUUAUUAGCAAAUUUUCUGUGCUUUCAAUCGCCACACGUUUAAAUAAAGAUAAUUAUAAUUCGACAAAUAAGUUUUCCUGUGGUUUAACAAACGGUGCAUCAAACUGCGAACGCGAAGCUGCUAUGGUUAUACUAUGCAUUGUAAUGAUGGUUCCACCAGGGUAUAGUUUGGUGAAGAUGUUCAUUUUUACGUGCAGAAAAAUAACUCAUCCAUGGCCAACAAAACUUGCUAUAUUAUGGGGUGGCGUCGGAACACUUCUCGAAGUUGCUGGACUGUCCUUGUUUUUUGUUGGAGUUGUUCACAAUGUGAAGAGUACAGAUUUGAAUGUAAUUCUCAUGAACGCGAUAUUUAUUUUUCCAGUAUUUUCUCAGUUUUGGGAAGAAAUAGACUCUUUAAAGACAGAAAAAAAAAUGGAAAUUUCUAUUUCUCUUUAUAACAAACGUAAACAUCAACAUCUUCAAAAUAUUGUUUUAGCUGUUAUUGCGUUUCUUUUACAAAUUGGAGGAUUAUCUGGCAUUAUAUAUUUGAUCUGGUUGAAAACACAAAGCAUCGAAACAAUAGUUAUUGUACCAAUCUCUAUUGGUUUAUUGAGUAUUGCAUGGAGUCCGAAAAUUCGAAAACUCCAAAUUGACCAUGAUCUUGCGUAUGUUUGGGGAGACUCCUCGCAGGAAACUUUCGAUCGUAAUGGAAAAACGCCAAAAAAUCAUCUUGCGCGACAUUUUCGAGAAGAUUCAAUUAAUGGUGAUACCAAUGACGGAUUUCAAAAUUUCAAUUUAAAAGAAAAAUGUCAAAAGUCAUUUAAAAAUGAGGCUAAAAAAAUUAUUGUUCAAACUAACACUUCUCGUGGAAAAGCAACGCUUAUAAACUCUCUUAUAAAAUUAGUUACUAUACCAUUUUUCAUCUUUUUUUUUUCCUACUUGUUUGAAGUUGCCGAUGUCACAAAAAGCUAUGAAGGUUUUUUAAGUAUUAAACUUAACUCACAAUUGGGAUCGAUGUUUGUCUUGCAGAUUGUUUCAGCAUUUAUAGGCUAUCACUCUGCUUGGAUUGGAUGCAUGAUAACUUUACAAAGAAUGUGUUUUGCAAUUCCACUAACCCUUUGUACUCCAUUAUGCAUAGGAAUAAUUCUUUUAAAAAAAUGUGACUUUUUUAGCAUAGGGCCAUGUACCACUUUGACAGAUAAUAAUAGUGGUCAAUGGGUAGCAGCUCUUAGUGUUCUUUUAUGGCUUGGCCAAUUUUUUGCAACUACCUAUUACGCAUGGAGAAGUCAAGAAUUUAUAAUGGCGGAUGAAGCCACUUUGUUUUGGCUUCCCUGUUAUGACGCGACGUUGCUGGAACAAAAUAUUUUAUUAAACAGAAAAAACGAAGCUACCAAUGAAUUUUUUGUAAACUAUCGGAGUUUAGUAAAAAAAAGUACAAUCUACAUUUGUACAACGAUGUAUCAUGAAGCUGAUUAUGAAAUGGAGCAGCUUCUUUAUUCAAUUGCAGGAAUCGAUAGAGCUCGCCAUAAUGAAGGAAGGAAGUUCGAAGCUCAUAUUUGGUUUGAUGAUGGCGUAAGAGAUAAAACACUUAAAACUUUUGCCAUUCAACUUAUUUCCCUCCUUCCUCACACUGUUCAAGCAGUGCCAGCAAAUGUUUUAAAAACAGAUGCACCAUAUGGCGUGGAAUUAAAAUGGAUUCUUCCUGGUGGCAUGCCAUUUUAUAUACAUAUGAAAGAUAAUUUCAAAGUGAAGAAUAAAAAACGCUGGAGCCAAGUUAUGUACAUGUCUUACGUACUCGAUUACAGAGAAAAAGAUAAUCUUGAUCACAGUUUUAUACUCACAACUGACGCUGAUGUUAAAUUUCAACCAGAAGAUGUAACUGCACUAAUGGAUUUUAUGAGUAGAGAUCCAUCAGUUGGCGCAGUUUGCGCUAGAACUCAUCCUAUGGGAACUGGCCCAAUGGUAUGGUAUCAAAUAUUUGACUACGCUAUUGGUCAUUGGUUGCUAAAAGUAGCUGAGCAUGUGAUGGGAUCUGUUCUUUGCUCUCCGGGUUGCUUUUCUGUUUAUCGAUGCACAGCAGUAAAAGAUAUUUUACCUACUUAUGCAACCUCAGUUGAUUGUGCAUUAGACUUUUUGACUAAAGAUAUGGGCGAAGACCGAUGGUUUUGCACACUUAUGGUAGAGAAAGGCUGGAGACUUGAUUAUUGUGCUUCAUCUUGUGAUGUCACGUAUUGUCCGGAAAAUUUCGACGAAUUCUACAAGCAAAGGCGAAGAUGGGGCCCCUCGACACUUGCUAAUCAGGCUCUGCUUGUUCAAAGACAGUCAAUUAUUAGAGCAUCAAAUGAUCACAUAAAUUUAAUAUUUAUUAUAUACCAAGUUCUCAUGCUAAUUUCGACCGUUAUUGGACCUGGAACUGUAUUGCUAUUAGUAUCUUCUGGUUUAAGUGCUGCUUAUCCUAAUUACGUUACAUUGUCAGCAAUGUUUACCGCGAAUUUGUUUGUUCUUUUUGGUUACAUAAUAAUUUGUUUAUACUUUUCGCAAGACUUGCAGAUUAAAAGUGCGCAACUACUUACAUUUUUGUAUGCAAUUAUUAUGUGUGUUACAGUAGUUGGGCUCAUGAUACAGGUUUCGGAUGAUAUAUCAAAACAAAGACAGUAUGGUUUAGAAUGGUUUUUGCGGAAUACAACUGGGGAUUUUCCAAUUUCUGGACCUGAUUUUAUACCGGCAAAUAAACUACCGUUAAACUCAGUAAUAGUUUCGAAAUUUGUUUUACAAUUAACUCCACCAACAUUAUUUUUAUUUUUUUUAAUUGGUCUUUUCACUCUAACUGCAAUUUUACACGGAAUGGAAGGAAUGCAGCUUGUACAUGGUUUAUGGUACUUAAUAAGUUUACCUUCAGGAUACAUAUUUCUAAUGGUGUACUCACUCGCUAAUAUAACUGAUAGGUCAUGGGGCACUCGCGAAUCAAAAAUUGCAAAACAAAAAGCUGAGCGGGCAAAAUUAUCCUGGAACCAUAUCAUAUGGUUUAAGUUUAAAGAACUUUUUUUUUGUUGUUUUAAAGAUGAAAGAAAAAAAAUUAAUGACAUGACUAGAUUCAGUAAUGCACCUCCAAUCGAACCGGUCGCCACUGCAGCAGAAAUUGCAGCAGAAGAAAAGAAGAAAGAAGAAAAAAUUAAAGCUAAAGAGGAAAGAAAAAGAAAAAGAGACGAAAAGCGAAAAGAGAAGCUGGCAAAGUUAGAAGAACAACAACUUCUUUUGGGUGACAUAGAUUCUCAUGUCGACCUAGAUGUAGAUGCGGACUAUGCAAACUCAGAAAUCAUUUCGGUGGCAGAAAGUGACUGGAUUGCGCCACAAGAAAGAGAAGCAAACUUUGCAAGAAGACAUAAUAAGAUUCGGCGCUAUCAAAGUCAACGCCGUCCUAAACAACUCGGAGCGACUCCGUCAUCAGCCUACCCGAAUGUUGAUGAUCCAACAAUUUAUCAAAAUGGGUUUGAUCAAAGUGGCGUUUAUAUUGGGGAAACAUUUGAAAAUUUUUCAGAGGAUAAUAAUGAAUACUUCAUGACUAUGAAUAUAGAAGACUGGUUAGAUGGCCCUUACGCAGUUUACAUCGAAAAUUUCAAAGAAGCUGGUUAUGACGAUACCACUUUCUUAAUGGGUAUGAAGGAACAGGAUUUAAUUGAUAUUGAUAUCGAUAAUAGAGGACACCGGAAAAAGAUUAUGGCGGAAAUUAGUCGCCUUCCACCAGAAGAAAUUGAUCAAGAUGUCCCUGAAGAUGUUUAUGAGUGGUUAGUUAACCUUGGUCUUGGUGAAUACUGGCCACAAUUUGAGGAAAAUUCAUAUGCGGAGCCGAAUGCUUUAGCAGAUUUGAAGCUUAUGGAUAAAAAAGUAUUGUCGUCAACAUUCAACGUAGAAAAAGCAGGCCAUCUAAAAAAACUUAUAACAGCAAUUCAACAGUUAAAAUACCCAACAUCAGGUCAGAGAAAAAUCCGACAAGCUAAAUUAGCUUUGGAAAAUGUUACUACGUAUGACAUGGCUGAACAAAAUCCAGAGGAGUAUAUGUUUUGGGAUAAGCUUAGAAAGUUAUGCCUUUUAACAGAGCAAGCUGCUUUCUCACACAGCACAGAGUUACAUGCUAAACUUUUUGAGUUACGAAAUUCAGCAUUAGUUGUAUUUGCUGUGUGUAAUAUUUUGUGGCUAGUCGUAAUGCUUGCAAUAUUAAACCAAGGAAGUAAGCUUGCCGUUUUUAACUCAAACUUUAUGUCAGUUGCUUUUUUGGUAAUUUAUGCUUUGAUAAUGAUCGUGCAGUUCAUUACUUUAAUUGUUCAUCGAAUUUCAACGUGGAUGCAUUACAUUGCACGAGCACCAUUCAGGCCAGGUCAAAAGAUAAAUCAAAACUGGUCAUUUGAAGAUGCUGAUCUACCUCCAGAACCUACCUCUGACGAAUUAGAGGAGGCGAGAGAAAUAAUUGGUUUACAUAUGCGCUCAAGAUCGCAGCAUCGUACAAUAAAAGCUAAGGAAAGAGCAGAUUAUUUAGCAAACGGACCUUCAUAUAGUCGUGCUCAUUUAAACGAAGUUGCUUUUUAAGUAUUUAAAAUUAUUGUAGCAAGAAACAAUUUUUUCUCUUAACUAAUCUAAAGUUUCUUUUUUAACCUUUUUUGAUAUUU